GGGUAUGUCAAAUUCUUUUAGAACUUGACAAAAAAAAGAUGAUGGUUGCAAAAGAAACUGCAAUUGAAUUCUGCACCAAAAGAAUUUCUUUUGCCAAUACUAGACCAGAAAUUCUUAAUAAGAUCCAUAAAUUUCUUUUUCCUUUUCAGAAACUUAUAGCAGAGGAAGUACAUGCCAUCUCAAAAAGACUGGAAGAAGGAAAGUGUGUUCCAAACCUUGAAAGUGUGGACUGCUUAUGUAGAUUCUUCAAUCGGUAUAUAUUACUGUGUCGUCAUAUUUUUCACGAACAACUUUGUAGUGCUAAUAUUUUAAUGUCAGAAACUUGGAGAAACUUUCAAAAAACAUUUGAAGAGAAUGGAAUGGAAGUAUAUCAAACCCAUGGUAUUGUGGAGGUACCUGUAAUUCAGAAAUCAUUAACAGAGAAGACAGCUGAAAAAAGCCAAUCAAAAAUGAAUAAAUUGUUUGAACAAACUCGAGACUACUACUACCGAUUGUCAGAGAAAAGCAUGGACGAG